CUGCCGCCUCUCUCCGCUAAAUCCACCUAGCUGAAGAUCUCUCCCUCUCUCACCAAUAACUCUCUUUUGGACCAUCCCGUUCCAGGAGGGGGGAAAGGGAAUAAAUUAAAUUGAAUGGCUAAACGGUUUUCAAAGCUCUGUAUGUCUACAGCUAAAUAAUCAAAUGAUCAAAUGAUGAUCAUUAAUUUGAUCAAUCAUGCAACAUAUACCCCCUAGCGUUAGUCUAUGCCUACUACCUGACCGACAGCCUACUAUUUUAGAAGAUCUGAAAGUGUUCUGGAGUCAAAUCAAAUCAUGGUUAUCAGAUUAAAAUGUGACAGUGUGUGGGUCACAUCUUCCCAUACUUUUUCAACCCUCGGUUGGAAGGUAACUUUCUCAACUUUCGCCUUCACACUUGUCUGAAUGUGCUUCGAGGAUAUCCUAUUACGAUGAUGCCAACCUCCUGUGCUUCAUGUCUGCAUACCACAGCGAAGAGACUUACCUCAGGCCAUUGGACCAGACAGGACGAUCUAUUCUGAUCCCAGUCCAAACCCACAAGGUGGCCCUGCUGCCUCACCAUGCCCAAAGAGGACAAACCUCCUGCCUAUGAAGAAGCCAUCUCCUCUACCAAGUAUGAGGACUCCAGGCAUCAUCCACCGAACGGGCACCACGACUCUGGCGUCGGGCCCGAUCCUCCAACACCGCCGCCGGCUUACAGCCCAGGGCCUGGCACCUACCCUAGGCAGCCCGGCUACGGCGGCUACCCCCCUGCUGGCAGCAUGGUGGCUGGGACUGUCUUCCCUCCAGCCGGGAUGCCACCCUCCAUAAUACCCACUCUGUCCGCCGGAGUGUCAGACCACAGCCAAGGCGAUAUGGAUGAUUUUCUAAGCGAUCAAUGGGAGAGUGUUUCUGUCCGGCAUGCUUUCAUCAGAAAAGUAAGUGUUUUAUUUAUUAAUGCGUUUAUAGCAGACACACGUGUUCAUCAUCAAUAUUCUAGUUUGUCUGUAUUUGAGCAGGUGUACUUCAUUUUGGCUGCGCAACUUUCCUUCACUGUUGCGAUUGUAGCUGUGUUCACGUUUGUUGACCCAGUGAGACAGUUUGUCAUCGCUUACCCAGCUCUGUACUGGGCGUCAUUUGGAAUUUAUUUUGUAGUUUACUGUGUUCUCAUCUGCUGUAAGGAGGCAAGGAGGCGCUUUCCAUGGAAUUUUGUGCUACUAAUUAUUUUUACAGUUGCAAUGUCAUACAUGACUGGAACCAUCGCAAGCUACUAUGACACAAAAGCUGUGUUUCUCGCCAUGGGCAUUACGACAAUAGUUUGUUUGGCGGUCACAAUCUUCUGCUUCCAAACCAAGGUGGACUUCACUUCCUGCGGCGGUCUCCUGUGCAUCCUGGCCGUGCUGCUCAUGAUCCUGGGCGUCAUCACGGCCGUGGUGCUCUCCUUCCAAUAUAUCCCCUGGCUCCACAUGCUCUACGCUGCAAUAGGAGCCGUCAUUUACACGCUGUUCCUGGCCUACAACACCCAGCUCCUCCUGGGUAACCGCGAGCUGGCCCUCAGCCCGGAGGAGUACGUCUACGGAGCCCUCUCCCUCUACAUCGACAUUGUUCAGAUCUUCCUGUUCAUCUUGGAGAUCGGCGGAGCAGCCUUGGAGUAAGAGAGAAGGCCGUGGAGACCCGUCCCUGGCCUGGACAUAAUAUCGGCCUUCUUUGAUGUAUUUGAUCUGUUCCAAGGCUGUACGAGUUCAUUGUUAGGUGUUGAUUAAACUGCAUUUAUUGGAAGUGGUUUAACUUUAAUUGAUAAGUAUAGCAAUCAUGAGCAUUGAAAUGACACUGGCCCAUGUUACAGAAAAAGAAGGGCAGAGUAAGUGUAUCUCUGCGUGUUCAUGAAUGUAUGGAGAAGAUGGCUACAGCGGUCAGAUCUUGAUAAAAUCUGAUUUGUUGUUGCAGUGAGUAGUUUCCCCACUAUAGUAAAUGUAUGUACCAUGUUGUGACCAGAUAUCAGUAUUGUUUUAGAAUAUUCCUGAUUUUGUAUGUUAUAACAUUAAAACAUCUUGAUCACUCCAUCAGCUCUGUAAACCAGGUGAGUGGAUAUACUGUAUUCAUCCCUGUGUGUAACCUCAUCAUAUUUGGUUCUUUAGGACUAGUUUAGUUCGAAAUGGUUACUUACUGACCCACCCAUCUUAUCAUACAAUACUUUUUCCAGGAGUAAAAAGUAACCUAUCCAGGGUUGGAUUUAUGAUGUCAUAAUAUCACUAACUGCUUUUUAACGUAGGCGAAUACUGCCAUCCAAACAUUUGAGAUGUCAGCCAAUGAACUUGGCUUUGCACCGGGACUAAAAUCAACUCGGGGGAGCUUUUAUACCCCCUCAACCAAUGAGGUUUGGGGAGAAAAAGCGAUUCCGAACCAAUGUGAUGGCUGCAGUGAAAGGAAGGGGAAUUGUGCAGGUGUGUUUAUUACCGCGUUAUCAGGGCUGAAAGCCAACCUAAUCUCAAAUUCCCAACCAAUCCUGGGUUCACCCUCAAGACACCCUUUCAAG